AUGACUGAAUCAACCAAUCUUGCUGAGACUGAAAAGAAAAUAUUCAGUUUAAUUAAAAGUAUUAAAUUUGCUAUGUUAACGACGACUGAUACCGACGGCAAGUGUGUACUUCGUUCAUGUCCAAUGAUUAAUAGACAAACCGAUCAGUUUAAUAAUGAAUUGUGGUUUUUCACCAAAAGAAAUAGCCCACAAACUAAAGAAAUUGAGAAAUCCGCUCAAGUAAAUAUCUCAUAUUCAGAUCCAAGUCAUUCAAGUUAUGUAUCUGUCUCGGGUACAGGUGAAUUAAUUGAUGACAAAGCAAAAGCUAAACAAAUUUGGUCAGAUGAAAUGAAAGCUUGGUUUCCAAUGGGAGUAGAUGAUCCAGACUUAAUAUUACUGAGAGUAACACUAGGAAGUGCAGAAUAUUGGGAGGGUCCAAAUACAAAAAUUGGACAAUUGUAUGGAAUGGCAAAAGGAGCAAUAACCGGUGAGCGUCAUUCAUCAACGGCAACACACGGAAAGUUAAAUGAUGUCAAACAUAAUUAA